AUGGGAAGUUCGGUGCGUGUUAAAGAAGCUGUGGUGGUAACCCCUUCAGAGCCCACACCAAGCUGUGUGAUGUUACUUUCAUCUAUAGACUCACAACUUUUUCUCCGCUUCACCAUUGAAUAUCUUUUAAUUUACAGGCCCGGCCCGGGCCUCGACAAGGUUACAACCACUGCUCGUUUAAAAGCUGCAUUAGCUAAAGCUCUGGUUCCUUAUUACCCAUUGGCUGGGAGAGUACGGCCCAGCCCAAAUAGCACGGGCCUGGAGGUUGUUUGUCGAGCUCAAGGUGCGAUUUUCAUUGAAGCCGUUAGUGAUCGUUACACUGUCAACGAAUUCGAGAAAGUUCCAAAAACGGUUUUGCAGUGGAGAAAACUCUUGUCCGUUAGCGUCCCUGACGUUCUCAACGGAUCGCCACCGCUGAUUCUUCAGCUGACAUGGCUAUCCGACGGCGGUGCAGCUUUGGGAAUCGGAAUCAAUCACUGUAUCUGCGAUGGUAUUGGCGGAGCUGAAUUUCUCAACUAUGUCGGAGAGUUGGCUUCGGGAAGACAAGGAUGUCCAAAACCAAAAGCCGUUUGGGAUCGUCACGUGUUCAAUGUAAAACCUAUGAUUCGUGGUGAUUCGCUGAGUCACCCCGAGUUCAACAGAGUGCCGGAUCUAUGCGGGUUCAUGAACCGUGUCACGAAUAAUCUCAAGCCAACUUGUGUUAUAUUCGACAAGAGACGAUUAACCGAACUCAAAGGUGUAGCUCGACGCACGUGUCAAAUCGCUGACUCGUUUUUUACCUCGUUUGAGGUGCUUGCAGCGCACGUGUGGAGGAGCUGGGCGAGAGCAGUGGUGUUCCCGCCGAAUCAGAUACUGAAGCUGUUGUUCAGCGUGAACGUACGGAACCGGGUCAAACCGGGUUUACCUGAUGGAUACUACGGAAAUGCGAUCGUAAUGGCGUGCGCGCAGGCGAGUGCGAGGGAACUAGGAGAAAGAGGAAUCGGGUACGGGUCGGGUUUGGUGAAGAAAGCAAAGGAGAGAGUGGAUAAUGAAUAUGUGAAGAGGGUGGCUGAGUUGGUGUCCGAGUCAAGAGCGAGUCCUGACUUGGUGGGUGUGUUGAUACUGACGCAGUGGUCGAGGAUGGGUUUGGACAGAGUUGAGCUUGGAAUGGAGAAGCCGGUGUUUGUGGGACCCAUUUGCAACGAAAGGUACUGUUUAUUUGUGCCGGUGAAGUGUGAAAGAGACAGUGUCAAGGUCACGGUGGCUGUUCCCGCCGCCGCAUUUGAUAAUUACCAUCGCUUCCUCCGGGAAUAG